AUGUCCUUCUCAGACUUCCAAAAGGUUGAAACCGUCAAAUCAUUGAACCAUUUCUUGGCUGAUAAAUCAUACAUUGAUGGGUAUGUCUAGUUUUUUGUUUCGUUCCUUUUUUUUUUUAGUUUUGCCAAAAAAACAUACAAAAAAAAAAGAACUUGCUUCAAAUUUCUACUGUCGGGUUGUUCAAACACGAGUGCUUCUCAAGGGCAUUGACGACAAUCACGUCAAUUGCGUACAUGUAUCUUGUUUUUGCUUUCUUGAGAGGAAAACUCGGUUGUCAAUUGGCUGCUAUCCCGUGUUGUGUUCUGUUGCUCAUAUAUAUAUAUUCUUAAAAAAAAAAAUGAUGAUUGCAAUCUUUGGUCCGUGUUUAUGAGGUGGCCUCAAGACCCACCGCAUGAGUGACAAAGGAGAUUUAAAUCUAUUAUCUGAUAUUUUUGGAAAAUUUGAAAAAAGAGGGACAAUAACCACAACAUUGGUUGAAUUUGAAAAAAAAAAAAAAGUUCAACACUGGAUAAGCUGUAACGAUUGACAACUGGCAGUAGAAAGUUACAAUUUUUCAUUGAAAUUUCCAAGAUACUAACUAGUAGUUCUAACUUUUUAGUGCUGCACCAACUCAGGCCGAUGUAAAGGUUUACAAAGCUUUCCAAAAGGAAUACCCAGCCUUCACCAGAUGGUUCAACCACAUUGCCUCGUACACUGACGAAUUUGCUGAUUUGCCAGCUGGUAACGACUCCCCAGCUCCAGCUAAGAAGGAAGCUGCUGAAGAGGACGACGAUGUCGACUUGUUUGGUUCAGAUGACGAAGAAGUUGACGAAGAAGCUGAGAAAUUGAAGCAACAAAGAUUGGCUGAAUACGCUGCUAAAAAAGCCGCUAAAGGUCCAAAACCAGCUGCCAAGUCUAUCGUUACCUUGGAUGUCAAGCCAUGGGAUGAUGAAACCAACUUGGAUGAAUUGUUGGAAAACGUCAAGAACAUCCAAAUUGAGGGUUUGACUUGGGGUGCUCACCAAUGGAUCCCAGUUGGUUUCGGUAUCAAGAAGUUGCAAAUCAACUUGGUUGUUGAAGAUGCCUUAGUUUCGUUGGAUGAUUUGCAAGCUGCUGUUGAAGAAGAUGAAGACCACGUUCAAUCAACUGAUAUUGCUGCUAUGCAAAAAUUGUAA